AUGGGCGCCAGAAAACUCUGCGCGCUGCUGUUGCUGGCGCUGUGCGCCUUGGCACUCGUCACGGCGCAGACUAGCAACACGACUACCAGCACAGGAGGCACCACCACCGCCACUGGUGGGGGAACGACAGCAACGGCAACGACGGACUCGUCAUCAGAUGAUGAUACCGACUCCUCGUUAGCCACUUCGACGACCACGACGACCACCACGGCGCCAACUCCUACGCCUACACCGACUACCAAGACCCCAUCGACGACUACCAAGACACCGACCACUACUACAGAGGCUCCGAGCGCCACCACGGAGGCUUCGUCAGCGACGACACCCGCUCCGACGCCUACGACCGCGACGCCUACACCGACUACACAGGCCCCCAAUGCAGCAACACAGACGCCAACGGCUACGGUGGCGGCUGCGACUUCUGGAUCGACAGAUACCACUCAAUCUUCUGCGCUGGACUCGUCCUCGACCACGUCGAUAUAUGGCACAGCGGCGCCUAGCUCGGGUGGUUCCAUGAGCGCUGGUACAGGUGACGGUAGCUCCUCUUCGUCGUCCAGCUGGAUCGUGCCGGUUGUUGUGGCUGCAGUGGUGGUGCUUGCACUACUGGUUAUCACCUUCUACGUUCGCACGCGCAAGCGCGAUGAUCAAGACGACAUGGAUCGCCAGAGCGACAUUUUUUUCGAGGCUCCGCGUUCCAACACGAGCAACUACGCAAAUGCCGCCGGUAUAGGAGGAAACCACGGCAUGGUCGGUGGUGUGACAGCGGAGGAACGCGCCCAGAAGGAGGUAAUUAUGGCCAUGCGCAAGGAGUCGGCGGUGACGGCGGCCCCUGCUGCCAUCCCGCCUGCAUCCUCCAAGAUGCGCAGUGACUCAGUGACUGGCGCUCAACCGCAGACGCGCAACCGCCAAGACUCGGUGCCAAUUCUGGCAGAACCGCGCUUCACACUACAGCAGCAGGUUGAGCUCGAACAGUCGCAGCACUCGAUGCGUGUGGCCGGCGUGCCACGCUCUCCACAGGCAAUGACCAGUCCCGUCGGUCAGUCAUUCGAGCUCGGCAAUUCGUUUGAGCCGUCUUAUGAUCCGUCGCACCCGACGCCUGGCGCUGGCGCGUCCGUGCCGGGUGUCACCCUGUAA